UUCAUCCCAACCCACUUUCUUUAGUUCCCAAAAUUUCAAAACAAAAAUAUAUUUGUUAAAAAAAAAGAAAAAGAAAAAAAAGGGGUCCCCUCCAAAGACCAAAGCAAUGGGUAAGGUAGCAACUGCAGCAACAGCGGAGAUGAGGAGAAAGAAGAAGAAAGGCCGCCCCUCCAAAAACCCAAUUGCCCUUUCUGCCCCACCUAAACCCAUUAAUUGCGAUUCCACCCCAGCCACCCACCGCCGAUCCACCCGCCGGAAACCUAGUAAUUUUAAUUCACCGCCGCAGCCAGAAUUCGAGGACGGCGAUGACGACGACGAGAGGAAGGAGAAGAAGGUUAAGCUUGUUGUUCGUUUGCCGCAAGACGAUGAAAAUAGCAAGAUUAGUCAGAAGCAGCAGCAGAGCCGACGGCAUUCACGAGAUUACGAUUCGGUGUCGGGGUCGAGUUCUGGCUCUGAUUCCGAUCCAGAGUCUGAGGAUCGCGUGGCGUGUGCCAAGAAACGCAAGAUCAAUGCCGGUGAUUUCAGAUCUGAGCAUGUUGUUCCCGUUCAGGAGAAAAAAGUUGUGAAAGCGACAGACCCUCCUGUACAUGGGUCGCCAUUGGAGUCUGGUCCCACAACACCUUUGCCAGACAAAACGUUGUUGGCCUUCAUUCUUGACAGGCUUCAAAAGAAGGACACUUAUGGUGUAUUUUCUGAGCCUGUGGAUAUCAAUGAGCUGCCUGAUUAUUUUGAGAUAAUAGAGCAACCUAUGGAUUUCGGGACUGUGAGGAAGAAACUUGAUGAUGGAGCUUAUAGAACCUUGGAAGAAAUGGAGGCUGAUGUGUUUUUGAUAUGUUCCAAUGCCAUGCAGUACAAUGCUCCAGAUACGGUCUACUAUCGACAGGCACGCUCUAUACAAGAACUUGCAAAGAGAGACUUUGAAAAUUUGAGGCAUGAAGGCGAUGAUGGUGAACCACAACCUAAGGUUGUUAGGAGAGGCAGGCCCCCAAGCAGCAAGAACCAAAAGAAACCUCUUGAAACAUCCCCAGUUGAUCGUGUUGCUCCUGAGCAUUCACUGGGUGCAACUCUCACUAGCGUAGAGGACAAGGGAACUGGAUCUAACUCUUACAACCUAAGAAAGGGACCUGCAUUAUAUAGGUUUCGUCCCAAUGACCCGUUCAUAUCAUCUUACCGGUCAAGAAAUGGUGAAAACUACUCUAGAUGGUUGACUGACUGGAAUGAUGAAUUUCCAGCAUCCAUUUUAAGGGCCGACAUGAAAUAUGGAAAGAAACAGUUUACGGUAGAUGAGAACAGGCGUGAUACCUAUAGGCAAUAUCAUCCCCCAUCUUCUGCCAACAAUUCGUCCGAAUUAUCUAAUUCUAUUGGAAAUAUGAAACUGUUGGUGCCGGUGGGUCUUCACGAACCCCUUGCUUAUGCAAGAAGCCUGGCCAGAUAUGCUGCAAAUCUCGGGCCUGUAGCUUGGAAAGUGGCAUCGAAGAGAAUAGAGUAUGUCUUGCCCCCCGGGGUACAAUAUGGUCCUGGGUGGGUAAGUGAAAAUGGAGCACCUUCACAGCCAUUAUCUUUUUCAAUCGAGAAACAGAAAUCAUCAAAUAGCUCUGCUGGUGAUUGCAAUUCAAACAAACUUGUCACACCUUCAAAUUCUGAUUUAAGUUCCGCUGUGGCUUAUGCACCUUCUGAAGCAAUGGUUGAAGCCGUUAGGAAACUCAACAGCCAGCAUGAGCUAGGUUUACAGGGCGAUGCUUCUUCCUGGAAAACACAAUUCCCAGUUCAGCAAAAACCUGCAUAUGCCUCUCAAAGAAACGGUCUUGUUGGAAUUUUUGGGUAUGAUACAUCUGCAAUGACAGGAGCGAACCCGCUUGCUUCCCAAAUGAAGGAACCUGUACCCCGAUAUGAUCUUUCAGCGAACCAUUCAUCAUAUAUGAACCAUAUCAUUCAAGAAGAAGCAAAGUUGCUGGAGAGUUGGGUUACUUCACAACCAGGAUAUCAAAUUACACAAGUUAGUAAUGUCUCUGGUUCUCAUGGAGAAGCCGAAAUGUGGAAUUUCGGGAAAUCGUCUUGGCCAGCGAUGCCACAGCAACAAAGACAUCAUAAUCUUUCCUUCCCACCCGAUCUAAAUGUGAGAAUUCCAGCCGGUUCGCCUAGUUCUAGCUUACAGAUUGGUUCCCCUCAGCAGCCAGAUUUGGCAUUACAACUCUGAAAACAUUGAUUUUUCCAUUCUUGGAGGCUGCAGCUACUUUGUGUCGUCAAUAGGUAAAUUCUUGACAUUCGAAGCCCAGUGUAGGCUUGUGAUCUGGAGGGCUAUUGGUUUAUAGAAAGUUUAGGAGACAGGUUGUAUAAAUCAUGUAUCUAAUUGUUUCUUAGUUAAGACAACAAAAUUAUUAGUGUAACAUUUAAAAACUGUGAUGAAUGACCAUAGGACAGGGAAAAUAGAAUGUCUAUCUGCUUAUGAUUAUGAAAAAUUCUUGCUGCCUUUUGAUUAUGGGCAGGAUGGAGUUGAACUUCAUAUUGCCUGAAUAGAUGAUACAUGCAUAUAUAGGUAUCUACUUGUAUUGUAGUA